UUUAUUUGGUACAUAUUAAUUAAAACGAAAUAAAUGCUUUUUAUAUAUUACAUUCGAAGCGAGAUUAAAAUUUAAUGGACUAUGUGUACUGCAGUUCAGAAACAAUCGGAGCAGAAGACAUACUUCCGAUUUCAAAUAUAUAUGAUGGUAGAGCAAAUCAAGCAGAUCAUUAUUCUCCUAGUUUUAAUGGAUUUAGCAUUGGACCCAAUGACACCUCUGAUUAUAUAGAUCUUGUUCCGAUACUAGCAGACGGAGGUGAAACUUUUGGAGUAUCAACUGUAGCAUUUGAUGACUAUGAGGAGCUUCUAUGGAUGGGAAACCAAGGGGGUCACAUAACGUCAUAUUACAGCAACACGUUAAAAAAGUACACUUCUUUCCAAAUUCAUGUAAAUGAUGUAGUUCGCCAAAUUCUUACUAUCGAUUCAGGCAUUUUAGCAUUGACUCCGACUUCACUACGUCACCAAAUUCGAAGAGGAAUUCCAAAAUUUACAUUUUGUCGAAAUAUGUCCCAAAUGGUUUGCAUGCAGUUAUUAAGUCCUCAUCGCCUAAUAAUAGCUGGAAUGCAAGAUGAUAUGAUUGAUUUUGAUUUGCGAACGUUAAAGGAAGCUCAGCUAGAACGUAUUGGUUCGAGAGGUUGUACAGUACUACGUAAAAAUUCUCGAUAUUUAUUCGCUGGAGAUCCAUAUGGUACAGUUACGUUACGUGACUUAAAUUCCUUACAUGUUGAACAUACAAUAAAAACGCACACUGGUAGUUUGUGUGACUUUGAUGUGCAAGGAAAUUAUUUAAUAUCAUGUGGCUACAGUAUUCGACAAGGCACUCUUGUAGCUGAUCGGUUUUUAAUGGUAUAUGACUUACGUAUGCUUCGAUUAGUUUCCCCAAUUCAAGUGCUGAUCGAUCCACAACAAUUAAAAUUUAUUCCCUCCCAAGCUUCUCGAUUAGCGGUAGUGUCUAGUUAUGGCCAAGUUCAGCUUGUUGAUACUGUUGAACUUAGUGAGCCAAAAGUAUCAAUGUACCAAAUAAAUACUUCUGGAACUCAGUGUUUAAGUUUUGACAUAAGUUCUUCAUCUCAAGUAAUGGCAUUUGGUGAUCAAUCUGGACAUGUUAGUAUCAUUACUUCAAUUAAAGCUCCGCAACCCCAAUUUAAUGUGUAUCCUCGCGACACGGAAUUUGCCGACCCAGUUCCACAACUUCCAAUUGUUCCGGUUACAGAUACAAAUUUUCCGUUGUCAUCUAUAUCAUUACCACAUUUAGUAACUGGAUCUAGAUGGUUUUCUGAUUGGCCAACAGAACUAUUGUCCUACCAAUAUAGACGUUCAAAGCCAAUAGAUAAUGAUAUUAUAGAUAACAUGAAAAUGCAAGGUCCAAUUGGAUAUUCGGCUAAUCCACGUACUGGGCAUCGAAAUCAAAUACCAUAUAUAAUGGAUUCAGGUCAAUCUGCAGCUACAAAUAAUGGUACAACAAAUAAUACUAAAACGACAGAAAAUGGAGUAAAAAUUAUACCACGACGUUAUCGAAAAGUAGAAGUGAAAUAUUCAAAGUUAGGUACACAAGAUUUUGAUUUUGAACAACACAAUCAAACUUGCUUUGCUGGAUUAGAAGCCACGUUACCAAAUUCUUAUUGUAAUUCAAUGCUUCAGAUCUUAUAUUUUAUUGAACCACUGCGAAUGAAAUUAAUUUCUCACUCAUGCUAUAGAGAAUUUUGUCUCUCUUGUGAAUUGGGCUUUCUGUUUCAUAUGCUAGAUAAAUGUACAGCGACAACUCCAUGUCAAGCUAGCAAUUUCCUACGUUCGUUUCGCACUGUACCAGAGGCUUCCGCUCUUGGUUUAAUAUUGUCAGAUCAUUCAUCAAAUAUUAAUUUGAUAAGUUUGAUACAAAACUGGAAUCGUUUCAUUUUACAUCAAAUGCAUUACGAAAUUGUUGACUCGCACAAAAAAACCCAUUACAAUAAUCUACUUUAUCCUACUGCAUAUGAGAAUUUAGCAGCUAAUCCAUGUAAGAACUUUGCAGAUGUUAACAAACUGAACGAUAUAUUUCAAUCUAUUGAUGUUAAAUAUGAUGAAACAACAAGGGAUGAUGAGAGUGAAGGAAGUAAAAUGAAUGAGGACACAGAAAUAACUAAACUCUUUGGUACAAAACAAAUGUGCAUUAAUCGUUGUUUAAAGUGUAAUGGACAAAAAACAAAACAAAAUAUUUUAUUGGCUUGUAAUCUUACUUACCCCGUUCACAAUAAGGAAAUUGAAGGAUUUAAUUUUAGCACAAUAUUGAAAGGAUCACUUCGAUCAGAAAAGCAGAUUCAAGCAUUUUGUGAAAAUUGCAAAAAAUUUUCACCAACGAAACAAAGUGUAAAGGUUACAAGCUUACCUGAAAUUUUGUCCAUUAAUUGUGGACUAAGCAACGAAAAAGACUUAUCGUUUUUAAAACGACAAUUAAACAAAAAUCUUACGACUCCUCUUGAAAGCCCAGCUAUUUUAAGCACAAAUAAGCCAUGUCGAUAUGGUGUUAAUUGUUCUCGAGGUGAUUGUCAUUUUGUACAUCCUGAUAGAAAAUCUCCCUCCAACUUGAAUACAGUUACAUUGAGUGCAUCUCCAAGUGCCCGCCAAAAUGCUUGGUUCCCCUUAGGAUUCUCAAUGUCUAUUAAGUCAGAAGGUGAUUUAAACGUAUAUGUUGAAAACACAAAUAACAAACAUGAAGAGAAAAAUUUAACCACACAUAAUGAGAAUCAGGUAAUCACUCAAGAUGUUACUGAAAAUGCUAGUGAAGUUAAGGAUUUAAAAACAGUAUUUAAUAGUUCUAUAAAUCGAGAUUAUUCUUUACAUGCGGUAGUAUGUCAAAUUGACGAUGGCACACAAAAACAUCUUGUUUCACUUAUAAAUGUUGAUAAAAAAUAUCAUAGCUUGAAAGUUACAAAUGAAAAAAACAAUAUCGAAGAUCAAUGGUAUAUUUUUAAUGACUUCAGCAUAUCACCGGUUUCAACGCAAGAAUCUGUUUGGUUUACCCUCGAUUGGAAAGUACCUUGUGUUCUGUUUUAUAAAAGUAUGAAACCAGAAUUUGAAAACAACACAGCUCCUCUGAAUAUAAUUGACAUUAGGCCGCAAUUUUUUAAUCCCUUUAUACAGGAUAUUUUAAAUGCUUCGCCUAGCAAACUAAAUGACGGAUUUUUGAGGCCAUUGCAACCUAAUGAACUGCCAAAAGCUGGUGAUUUAGUAGCAAUGGAUGCUGAAUUUGUUACCUUAAAUCCGGAAGAGAGUGAAAUUCGUCCAGAUGGUAAAAUUGCUACCAUAAAGCCGUGCCAUAUGAGUGUUGCACGUAUAUCAUGUAUACGAGGCCAAGGUCCAAAUGAAGGCUUUCCAUUUAUGGACGAUUAUAUAGCAACUCAAGAAAAAGUUGUAGAUUAUUUGACACAAUUUUCUGGUAUAAAACCUGGAGAUUUGGAUGCUAAUUUCAGUAGCAAGAGAUUGACUGCAUUGAAAAAUUCAUAUCAGAAAUUGAAGUAUUUAGUAGAUGUUGGAGUAAUAUUUGUGGGACAUGGUUUAAAAAACGAUUUUAGAGUAAUAAAUAUUCAUGUGCCGUGUGAUCAAAUCAUCGACACUGUGCAUUUAUUUCAUCUGCCACAUCACCGCAUGGUAUCGUUAAGAUUUUUAGCUUGGCAUUUUUUCGGAACAAAAAUACAAUCAGAAACACAUGACUCUGUGGAAGAUGCGCGCACCACUCUACAACUCUAUAAGCAUUAUUUGCAAUUGCAAAAUGAGAAUAAAUUUAGCACUGCACUUAAAAAUCUUUACGAUAUUGGAAAACAAUUACAAUGGAAAGUACCAGAGGAUUAAGUUAAGCAAACGAAAAAUUUAAAUGUGAAAUAUGUAAAAGUCAACAAAAUAUAACUGUAAUAUACAGUAAAGUACAAAAUCAACACCGAACCGUUAAAUUAAUAUUCCAUUUUAACAAAGAACUAUAAUUUAUUAAAAC